AUGGCUGGUGGACCGGCAAACUGGGCACGAGCCAUUACGGGAGGCUCGGUUGUGAUUGGAUUCGGAUACUUACUCUUGAAGACGGCUACGCCAAAUGAACAACAGCUAUAUGAUAGUCUGUCGCCAGACCUCAAAAGGCGUGUCGAUGCACAACGGUCAUCCCAGGCCGAUUCUGAAAGAAGUGCAAAAGUGAAGGAGGAACAAUCAAAGAGACUCGUAUAG